UUAGAGGCAUGAUGGAGACAGGUGUAGCUGCGCUGCUGCUGGUCGCUCUGCUGGGGACGAGCUCCGCCAGCAGCUUUUAUGGAGACAGCAUCAGCUUCUCACCUCUACAGAAAAACCAGGAUGGGACGUAUAAGGUGACUUUCUAUCACAGACAAAAUGGCAGAAAUGACUGUCAGAACCAGUCAUCACUGAUCUGUGAGGGCGGGGUGUGCACGGACCUGGACCAGUCCAAUGCGCUCCGAACGGACCAGGACUUCCCAGGCGUUGGCAGGUGGUGCCAGACUGAAAAACGCACAACGGCAACCUUCCAGGCCAAUGGGACGACUUUAACCCUGAGAGACUCGGGCUGCUGCUGGGCCUCUAAUGUGGACGGAAAAACUAACUGGAUGAGUCAGGCGCAGCUGGACCUGGGCGUUCGAUCUGAUACCUACCGCAUCAACAACUGUCCCGUCACCACAUCAGUGUCUUUCCUACGGGUUCCUCAGAACUGUUUCACCCAGCAUCGUCUUCUGGCUCACGACCCAGACGGAGAUGCAGUGAGAUGCCGCUUCGCUUCAGGCGCCUCAGCAAACUUCACCCUGGAUGAGACUACGUGCACGCUGAGGAGCACAGGCGAACUCCAACCUGCUGUUCACGUGUUUGAGCUGAUGAUGGAGGACUUCUCCACCCAAAACAUCUCGCUGAGCUACGCUGAUGGAAGCUCAGCGAGCCGAGACGCCUCCAGCAUGAACCUCCCUCCUCUCUGCAGACUGAAGCUGAACUUCGUGAUCGAAGUCCUUCCUGCGGCAUCGAGCUGUGUGGCUGGCGACGUGCUCCCCAUGUUCCUGUCCAGGACGCCGUCCCACGGGGAGGUUCUUCACGCCAGCGUGGGUCAGACCUUCCAGCUCCACGCUCAGGCCCAGGCUCAGAACGCUCGGAUCCAGAACUUCCAGAUCAGCGGGCCGCAGAACAUGACCCAGGACUUCAGCACCGGGUCGGACGGGAAGGCAGAAGUCACUGUGAGCUGGACCCCGAGUGAAAAAGAUGCAAACAGAGUCAUUCCAGUCUGUUUCACUGCAGAGACGGAAACAACCCAAUCAGAGAUGAGAUGUGCCGUUGUCACGGUAACCCGUGACACCUUCCUGCAAGGCAGAGCCUCUGUUCAGUGUUUACCCAACAAGAUGACGGUGGCCGUGGAGAAAGCCUCCAUGCCUGAUGUCAGUGAGGAGUUCCUGUCGCUGAGGGACCCAUCGUGCACGCUCACCACCAACGGUACUCACAUCGUGGGGACCAUGUCCUUCAGCACCUGCGGUACAAAGACUGAGGAUAAAGGAGACUACAUCGUCUUUAAUAACGAGAUCCACUCCGUCGAGCGGUCCAACGAGGUCAUCAUCCGGAGGAAAACGGUCAAGAUCGACUUCUACUGCCAGUUCCCCAAAAGCAUCAGCAUCUCCAACUUCUACGCCCUCCACCAGGCGGACUACAUCUUCACCGAGUCCAACUUUGGCAGCUUUGGCUACAGCUUUGAGAUAUUCCAGGAUGGCAACUACACCUCGAAGGUGGAGCCCGUCGCCUACCCAGUACAGGUCAAGCUGAUGGAGAUGAUCUACAUGGGCAUCCAGGCCGUGUCAGAGCUCCCAAACGUCACCUUGUUUGUUGAGUCAUGCAAAGGAACCCCGGACAACAACCCUGACAACCCCAUGUACUACGAACUCAUCAAGAACGGGUGUGUGAAAGACGAGACGGUCAAGAUCCACCCAUCAAAUCAGACGUCCUUCAACUUCGAGAUCCAGGCCUUCAAAUUCAACGGCGAUUAUGACCAGGUGUACAUCACCUGCUCCGUCAUCCUCUGUGAGCCUGGAAAUCCCUUUUCCAGAUGCGCCCAGGGAUGUGUGAGCGAGCCGUCCCGCCGACGCAGACGAGGGCUGAGCAUGGAGACCGCCGAGCACUACAUUACCCAGGGUCCUCUGCAGCUGGUUGGGCCUGCUGGUCCCGGUGCAGCCAAGGCUAAGAAGAUCAAUGCAGCGCCAAAAAGUGACACGCUUCCUGAAGGGGAUUCUCCAGUUGCUCCUGAAACCAGAACCAACGGAGAAAGCUGGAGGUUCAGGGAGGUGUUGGCCUCCAACGUCACCACGGUGGUCUUUGCCAGUGGCUUCAUCCUGUCGCUGGUUCUGCUGGCCCUGGUGGUCCGUCACUUCAGCAGGAGGAGAAGGGCCGAGGACCUCAACGUCCUCAUCGAAGACGAGUUUGAGAAAUAAACCCGACUCGUGUCUCAGAGCCUCCAGAAAACGUUGAGUUAAAGGAGACAUGUUAAACCAGCUUUGAGAAAAGAUCAGAUCAUGAUGACAGAAUCAGAACCAGUUUUUCAGCUGAUCCCAGGAGUGGUUUGGACUUUUCAGUGACUAAGAAAGUGUGAGCCCAAACCAGAAACCCAUAAAAACCGCAGUUAAUCACAUCCAAAUCACCUGCUGGACCAAAAACCCAUGAGAUAAAAAUCUUUUUAGAUUCCAGAAAAAGAAAUAUGGCCCAAUAAUUUACCAGAACCUGGGUUAGUUCACAAAGGUUUAGUUUAUGCCACGGCCAAAAGGUUCAACCUUUUAUUUUAAAAUUUAUUUUAGCUUAUGACUAUAAAGUAAACAUAAUUGUAUUUUUAUUGUUUUAAAAUAGCUCAUGUCCGACUCCACUAAACUGAUCGCUGAGAUCUUUGAAGCUGCACACCAAAAAAAACAAAAUCAGCUUUUUAUUAAUAUUUGUUUAUAUUUUUAGUCAGAGCCUCAAAUAACAAUUAACAGUUUAAUUAAUGCGUCUCUUUUAAUUCACGUUUCCAUGGAGGCUACCUUACAAUGAAGUUAUAAAAUCUGAAAUCGAUGUCAUAUAGUUUUUCUUUAUCCGAUAAGAUGAUUUAGGAGUUUGUCUUGCUCAAAUCAAAGAGGUAUCUUCUGCUUUCCAAACAAUAUUUUAGAGGAACUUUUCUGCUGUAAAUUUAGAAAAUACUCAGAAACCUUCAUAUUUACAGAGCCAGUCUUUAUGCCCCCAGGUUUACAGCUACAUAAAAUAAAAUGCACUCUAUUGGAUAAGGUCUAUCUAAAUGAUCCAACAAGUCGACACAUUUUUAAUAGCUGAGUUAGAAAACCAGCUGAUUGGAUCUUUAGUUUCACUUUGUGACGUAUUUUCUCACAGCAGCUCAGAGCUCACUGGACCGGUUUCCCUUCGCCUGAAAUGUUCCUGUCCUUAAAACAUCUGAACAGACGGGUUUCAUGCUACAGUCUUUCUCCCGUUGAUAUUUCUGAUUGUUUUUAUUUUUUUUCUCAGUCAGGGAUUUUUAUUCAUUAGGGAAACUAAAUUCAGCAUUUUGUGUUCAUGUCAUUAAGACAGACUUUUCCUGUAAUAAAACCAGAGGGGUUUUAAAUACACAUUCCUUUUGCUAAAAUGUAAUAAAAACGCAUUUGGUAGUCCCUG